GAGAAGAAUGGCGGGGUGGUGCCGCCCCCCCAAGCCUUCUCUGCCUGCCAGAGCCGCGCUUCCCAGGCCUGGGUCCCCGAGGCCCCUUCCUCCUCCCUGCUCGACUCCCUUCCGCAGAGGCAGGUCUGCGGCUUGGCUGAGAACUCAGGGACUGAGGGCGCCCUGCAGCUGUGGGGCCCGCCCCAUAGCUGAAAGCCGGCGGGCCCUAGGGCCCCGCGGAGGAAGGCCCCAGCAGGCGGACCCGCAGCCGAAGCCUCCCGAAGCUCCCAGCCUGUCGCUUCUUCAUUCAGCGUGGGGACGCGCCAGCCCUGCGGCCCGAGCCAGUGCGGGGCUGGUCAUGUAAGGCCCCCAGGCGGUCCUGCCCGCCCGGCGCCCCGCGGAGAGCCUCGUGCAGCCCCGGGCGCCGCCCCUGCCCUGCCCAGACCCCUCCCUGGCCUCGAAAUGCUGUCAUCGGAGGAGCCGUCCCGCUCGGGACAGGGCCAGCAUGGACAAAGCUAGAGCCGGGGCGGGCAAGGAGCCGUCCCGUCCUCGAGGCCGUGGGAAGAGGAGCGCGCGCAGGGGGCCACGCCCGAGAGCCUCCGCGUCCCCCGGGCCUCCGCAGACGGGCCACCAUGGCGCUGGCCCGGGCCCGCUGGCGGCUGGGGGCGCUGCUGUGGGGCGCCUGCCUGUGCGUGGUGGUGCGCGGGCAGCCGGCGCGGCCGGGCCAGGGCUCGGACCCGGGGCGCUGGCGGCAGCUGAUCCAGUGGGAGAACAACGGGCACGUGUACAGCCUGCUCAACUCGGGCUCCGAGUACGUGCCGGCCGGGCCCCAGCGCGCCGAGGGUAGCUCCCGGGUGCUGCUGGCGGGCGCGCCCCAGGCCCAGCCGCGCCGCAGCCAGGGCGGCCCCCGGCGGCGACAGGCGCCGUCCCUGCCCCUGCCCCUGCCCGGGCGCGUGGGAUCGGACACCGUGCGCGGCCAAGCGCGCCACCCCUUCGGCUUCGGCCAGGUGCCGGACAACUGGCGCGAGGUGGCCGUCGGGGACAGCACGGGCAUGGCCCGGGCCCGCACCUCGGUCUCCCAGCAACGGCACGGGGGCUCCGCCUCCUCGGUCUCGGCCUCGGCCUUCGCCACCACCUACCGCCAACCAGGCCCCUACCCGCCGCAGAGCGUGGGCAGCGUGUACCGGCCCACUCAGAAUGGCCGUGGUCUCCCUGACUUGGUCCCAGACCCCAACUACGUGCAAGCAUCCACUUACGUGCAGAGAGCCCACCUGUACUCCCUGCGCUGCGCUGCGGAGGAGAAGUGUCUGGCCAGCACAGCCUAUGCCCCUGAGGCCACCGACUAUGACGUGCGUGUCCUGCUGCGCUUCCCCCAGCGUGUGAAGAACCAGGGCACAGCAGACUUCCUCCCCAACAGGCCGCGGCACACCUGGGAGUGGCAUAGCUGCCACCAACACUACCACAGCAUGGAUGAGUUCAGCCACUAUGACCUGCUGGAUGCAGCCACGGGCAAGAAGGUGGCCGAGGGCCACAAGGCCAGCUUCUGCCUGGAGGACAGCACCUGUGACUUCGGCAACCUCAAGCGCUACGCGUGCACCUCCCACACGCAGGGCUUGAGCCCAGGCUGCUAUGACACCUACAAUGCCGACAUCGACUGCCAGUGGAUCGACAUCACCGACGUGCAGCCAGGGAACUACAUCCUCAAGGUGCAUGUGAACCCCAAGUACAUUGUCUUGGAGUCUGACUUCACCAACAAUGUUGUGAGAUGCAACAUUCACUACACAGGCCGCUACGUUUCCACAACAAACUGCAAAAUUGUCCAGUAA